AUGGGCCUCUCUGUCUCUCGUCUUCUCUCUGGCCUCUUCGGCAAGAAGGAGAUGCGUAUUCUGAUGGUUGGUCUUGAUGCCGCUGGUAAGACCACCAUUCUCUACAAGCUUAAGCUUGGUGAAAUCGUCACCACUAUCCCGACAAUCGGAUUCAACGUCGAGACCGUUGAGUACAAGAACAUCUCAUUCACAGUGUGGGAUGUCGGAGGCCAGGAUAAGAUUCGCCCGCUCUGGAGGCAUUACUUCCAGAACACCCAGGGUAUCAUCUUCGUCGUUGACUCGAACGACCGAGAGCGUGUUUCCGAGGCUCGGGAAGAACUCCAACGGAUGUUGAACGAAGAUGAGCUCCGGGAUGCCCUUCUCCUUGUCUUCGCCAACAAACAGGAUCUGCCCAACGCCAUGAAUGCUGCUGAGAUCACCGAUAAGCUUGGUCUCCAUGGCCUCAGACAGCGAACCUGGUACAUUCAGGCUGCGUGCGCUACAUCUGGAGACGGUCUGUAUGAGGGUCUGGAAUGGCUGAGCGCGAACAUCAAGCGCCGAGUAUAA